CCUGGAGUGGUAUUAGCUCUUCUUCUGUCGUCUGCUCGGUCAUUCCAGUUUACAUUUGGAAUUCCCGUGGACAUCCUGGUCUUUUGACUGCAGCAUUGCAACUGAUUUUUUUCUGUCACUAGCACUUUUUCUUACAAUGGAAUUUCCAGAUUUGGGAAAGCACUGUUCUGAAAAAACUUGCAAGCAACUAGAUUUUCUUCCAUUAAAAUGUGAUGGAUGUAACAAAGACUUUUGUAAAGAUCACCAUAAAUUCAGUCGCCAUCAAUGCAGUGCUGCAUAUAAAAAGGAUGUUCAUGUCCCAGUAUGCCCACUUUGUCGGGCCCCUGUACCAGUAGGAAGAGGAGAAAUUGCAGAUAUUGUGGUUGGAAAACAUAUGGAUAAUGAUUGUAAAUAUAACCCAGCUAAGGAAAAACCGAAAAUUUUCAUACACCGGUGCACAAUGGAGGGAUGCAAAAAGAAAGAAAUGGUCAAGUUGGUUUGUGACCAAUGUCAAGACAACUUCUGUAUUAAACACAGACAUCCUUUGGAUCAUAACUGCAAACAUAGGGACCAUCCCAUCUCCAAAGCAGGGUGUGCAGCUAUAAUGAGAGCUUCUGAAUCUGGAGCUUCAAAAAAAUUGUCUUCCAAUUGGCUAGUUCAGCAAUUAAGAGGGAAACAAAAGUGUUGAUGGUAAUUUGACAUUCCUGUCUCUGACCUGGCAAUGAUUCUACACAUUUUAAUAUAAUUUACAGUAAUGUGAGAUUUUCUACAAAACCUCUUAUUUACCGUUUGUUAACUUAUUUGAUAUUUUCUUAGGUUUCUCAGGAAUAAUUGUAAAACAUAAUUAAAAUUUUGUUUUAAACCAGUCUUAUUUUGGACAUAAUGGUUUCAUCACCUCCAUUAGAAAUGAAAAUUGUGCCUUUAAAUUAUAA